AUGAGUCCCUCCUGUUACAGUGGGCAGCAGAGGACUCUGUUCCGCCUGAUUGACCUCUAAAGUCUCAUGUUGCCUGAGGAAGACACACAGAAGAUGAGGAAGAGGAAAGAAAAGGAGUCAGGCAUGGCUCUUUCUCAGGAACAGUUGACUUUCGAGGAUGUGGCCAUUGACUUCUCUCUGGAAGAGUGGGAAUGCCUGGACCCUGCUCAGAGGGCCUUGUACAGGGACGUGAUGGUGGAGACCUAUAGGAACCUGUUCUUCCUGGUGAUCCUGAGACCAUUGUGGAACUUCAGUAGGCUGUAUGCGCUGUGCUCAGUCCUCAGUCCUGUCCGACUCUUCGUGACCUCAUGGAUUGUAGCCCGCCAGGCUCUUCUGUCCACAGGGAUUCUACAGGCAAGAAUACUGGAGUGAGUUGCUAUGCCCUCCUCCAGGGGAUCUUCCCAACCCAGGAAUCGAACCCAGGUUCCCCACAUUGCUGGCGGAUUCUUUACACAAAAGUUUUUUGUUUUGUUUUUUUUUCCUGUUGGCUCUAUCGUGUGUCAGUGGUCUCUGGAAAUUGGAGUAAGUCUUGAAGUGUCAAACUGCUGACUUUGUUCUUUUCAAGCUUGUUUUUGCUGUUGUUUGCUGAGAAUAGUAGCAUGGACAAUCCAUCUAUUUCUUUAAGAAAUGAAUGCCAUUGGGAUUUAACUAGGGAUUAUUUUGAAUCUGUUGAUCUCUUUGGCUAGUAUUGGCAUCUUGACAAUGUUGAUCUCCAAUCCAUGGGCUUGGGAUAUCUUUGCAUUUAUUGUGUCUUUUUUUUUUUUUUUUUGGCAUUUUCUACAUAAUCAGAUUGUGCUUAGUGGUAAAGAAUCAGCCUGCCAAUGCAGGAGACAUAAGAGACACGAGGGGAAGAUCUCCUGGAAUAAGGCAUGGCAACCCACUCCAGUAUUCUUGCCUGGAGAAUCCCAUGGACAGAGGAGCCUGGCAGGCUAUAGUCCAUAGGGUCACACAGAGUUGGACAUGACUGAAGUGACUUAGCAGGCAGGCUCAUACGCACAUAAUUAGAUCAUGUCAAUUGUCAAUAGAUAAUUACGCUUCCUUUUGCUCUUAGGAGACCUAUUAUCUCUUUUCAUGCCUAUGUAUUCUUGCCAGAGCUUUCAGGUAUAUGUUUUUAGAAAUAUUGAGAGACUGUGUCCUUGUUCCUUAUCUUAGCAGAAAAGCUUUCAGUCUUUUCCAUUGAGUCUGAUGAGCGAUCUGAGCAAAUGCUCUGUAGAAGCCUGGCUUUCAGCACCAUCUUGUACCUUCUCCUAACAAAGAACAUACAUCAGACCUAAUGAGGCUGAGCCCAAGUACAUGUGCCGCCACUCGGUGAGACCAAACAAACUGAAACCUUGGAGUCUGGAGCAGAGAAAGGUUUAUUAGUUGAUGUAGGACCAAGCAGGAAAAUAGGAGACCCAGGCCUCUCUCAAAUCCACCUUGCUGGCUGGCCAGGGUGUAAGAUUUUCAAAAGAGAGAGGGAAGUGGAGUGUCUGUGAUCCCAGCUUCCCCAUAAGAUCUCAGCUGCUGACUUCGGCAGCAUGUUGUGAGUUUCUUUAGGAUUAUUCUAUGUGUGCCUGUAAGAAAAGUUCCUAAAUCUCGGUCUUGUGAUUCCUUCUAAGAGGGAGAUGUAUCAUUAUUUGCUUAGAGUCAGUGGUUAAAAAAUUCAGUUCUUGGGACUUCCCUGGUGGUUCAGUGUUUGGGAAUCUGCCUUCCAAUGCAGGAGACUUGGGUUCGAUCCCUGGUUGGAGCACCAAGAUCCCACAUGCCUUGAGGCAACAAAGCCACAGUCCACAACUAGAGAGCCAGAAAUUGAGAGCCUACACACCGCAAACUAAGAUCCGAUAAAACCAAAAAUAAAUAUGAAAAUAAUCAUUAAAAAAAAAGAAUUUCAGUUCUCAGUUGACCUUAUGGGUGUCAUCAGUUUUUAAGUCAUUUUGGAUUCAGCUGUUUGAAGCCACAGCUAGGGGUUGUAAAUCAAGGUAUCAGUUUAAGCUAUCCAUCAUGGAAAAGAUUAUGCUGGACUUGAUUUUCCUUUGUCUUUGCCCUCCCUCACUUCCCUAAUAGUUACUGCUUGAAUCUCCUCUUUGGAUCUCAGGUAAAGUCUAGGUGACUAAGCCUUUUUCUAUGAACCAGAAACUGUGUACCUGGUAGGGCCCCCCAGGGCCUUGCUCAGUUUCAGUCCCCUCCCUUUUUUGAUUCUCCUCAAUCUUAAGGGGAACUGGUGUGAAAAAGAAAGAGAAUAACAUAUUCUAUAAACAGGUUAAUCAAACUCAACAAGAGAACUCAAAUAUAGGGGGACUUAGUUUCAAAAUGACAGUCUUUUUCCUACUCUACUGUUGAUGUGAUUUCUUUGUAUCUGCGUAUCUGUGUACAGAAGAAAUGCAUCCAUCUCCUUUUUUAAAAACUUAAAUAUUGAUUGCCUUGGAUCCAACUAAUUAUUUGUUAGUUGCUGGCAGAGAAGGGGCUUCUCUUUGUUGUGGUGCACGGUCUUCUCAUUGCCAUGGCUUCUCUUAUCGGGAAGCAUGGACCCUACGUGCUUGGCUUCAGUAAUUGUGGUACGUGGGCCCAGUAGUUGUGGUGCAGGAACUUGGUUGUUCCAUGGCAUGUAGAUUCUUCCCAAACCAGGGAUCGAACUCGUGUCCCCUGCAUUGGCAGCCAUAUUCUUAUCCACUGCAUCACGAGGGAAGCCCCUGUUGCAGGUUGUUGAUAUCCCUUUGUCUUUAUUAUGUUUUGUGUGCUUUUCUUUUGCAAUUUUUCUCAGCAUUUUGUCUGAACCUGGUUUAAAAGUUUACAAAAUGUUCAGUCCUUAUUAUGUACAUUUGGAGUGAACAACAUAAAUAAUUUGAAGGAUACUGCCAAGUAGGGCAUCCUCUAUUUAUUGGUUGUUUGAUAUCUGGACAAUAUUUUUUAUAUUAAUUCUUAGUUGUGAUAUCCAGAUGAUGGUCUUUUGGCAUGUCUAAUGCAAUACAACUGACAUGCAUUAUUUGUUCAUGUUGUAAAAUGCCUUUUAUUUAUGGGUACAUAGCUUUAUAGUAAAUGUUUAGAAAAAUAUUUUUUCUUAAAAAUAGUUUUGUUAUACUCUUUAUUUUCUCUAUCAUGUAUUCAUUUUUCAAUUCUAAAGAGCCCAUUAAAUUAUUAGAUCACCUUGAGUGGACUAUUUAGCAUUACAGUGUAUUAUCCAUUUUUUAGCAUUUUUCUAUAGUAAGUAUGCAGAGUAUAUCUGUAAUAUAAUUUUUUUUCUCCUCAAUUAUGGAACAGCAGUAUGUUUAAUGUUAAUUGGUAUGUACUUUGGGGUCAUGGUGAAAAAAUACCCUUUCUUUGAUAGCUGAUUUCCAAUGUGAGUGUUUCUGACAUGGGGUUUGUAAAGCAAGGCUACCUUAAAAUUAACUUGAAUUAUAUGUUAUUUAGUAAAUAAUUCUAUUCCUGUAGUGUUUCUAAAAGUUUUAAGAUCAUUGUUAGGAACUUUCAUAACUCUGUUGGAUAUCAGUAUUACUUUUGGUGUAACACAUACUCAACAUAAAAGAUUUACUUAUGGAUUCUAA